CGGAGUUGCACGAGUUUCAACCGCAAUCGCGACGCUUGAUUUCGUGGCAUUGUCUGGCUCCCUGCACGCGGUCCACGGUGUAUCAAAGGCGAGGCUCGCCCUCGACGGGUUUGCAACAAAGGAAAUACGAUUGGAGGUGUUCCAUGGAAUAACGACGCAACCAUGAUCAAUAUGAAGUUUUUUCGCGUCGUGCUGGCCCUUCUAGGAGGUACGCACGUCCUCUUCGCCCAGCCAUCCGCCUCGCCUACCGUGAAAAGUACCGGUGGAUCGAGUCUGGCGAGUGUGGUCGCUGGGAGUAAGCCGACGAGACUUUUGAAUAAACCGGAUUUCGACGACAUCGGCCCACGAAAUGUCACCGCCAUUGUUGGCCAAACAGCGGAAUUGAAUUGCUUCGUGAAACAUCCCGGAGACAGAGUGGUAUCCUGGAUGCGUAAAAGGGAUUUACACAUACUCACGUCGUCCAUCUAUACGUACACGGGGGACGAAAGAUUUUCGGUGAAGCAUCCCGAGGCAUCCGACGAAUGGACGUUGAAGAUCGAUUACGUUCAGCAACGUGACGCCGGGGUUUACGAAUGCCAGGUUAACACCGAGCCCAAAAUGAAUUUAGCCUUCGUUUUGAGAGUGGAAGAAAGUGCCCCUGUCCCCGCCACCACCACACCGAACGCCAUUCACCGGACGUUCAACUCAGCCGCUCAGGCGAAAAUCGUGGGCCCGGAAGACGUGUACGUGAAGAAGGGUAGCACGAUAAGCCUCACGUGCACCGUUAAUGUGCAAAGUACGCCGCCCAGCAGCGUUUCGUGGCAUCACGGAGGAGAUGUGGUGGAUUUCGACAGUCCCAGCGUUCACCGUAGGGGCGGGGUUUCCUUGGAGACGGAGAAGACGGAAAGCGGCACGACGAGCAGACUUCUGGUGACACAAGCCAGAUUGACCGACAGCGGAAAUUACACCUGCAUUCCCAGCAACGCGAAUCCAGCCAGCGUGAUGGUCCACGUGCUGAAUGGGGAACAUCCAGCGGCCAUGCAACACGGCGGAAGUUGCGGCGUCGCGCCCACCAUUUUAUCGGCGACCCUUACUCUGGUGAUCUCGAAUCUGCUAAGGUGAGCGGUAUCGUGCUUGUGAAUCGUGCGACUUCGAAGCCACGGGCUGGUCGAGCUCGUUUCGUGAACCGGUGAGACGGUGCCCGAAGGAAGGAGGAGGCGGAGGAGGAGGGGUUGGUGGUUCUCGUUCAAAGGUAAAAAACGCGAACGAGGGAGAAGGCCGCGUCUCUCCUUUAAGAGGAAAGCAUACGGAAUGCGAGAAUAGAAACGUGACUUAGCGCUGCUGCCAACGCUGCGAAAUCAUCGGGGGUGGUUUUAAAUGGGGGAGGAAUGGGGGAAGGCGGGCAGGGAGAGAGAAGAAGGGGUUUAGGGGUUGGAACAAAGUGCAGUGGAUCUGGACGCAGUGGUGGUGAACGCAGUGACACGGAAAGUGGAGCUCGACUUUGCACACGUACGUUUUUACCGUAAAUUUUCAUUCCACGUCAUAAACUAUUCCAUACGUCUAUAUUUCUUUAGCAAUUUUUCAUCGGCCAUCGUGUGGGGGGGAGGGGGUGUGUGAUUCGCCUCGCGAGUGAAGAGAGAGAGAGAGAGAGAGAGAGAGAGAAAAUGCAAAAGGUUCGUCGUAUUUGUAUACCUCUGCGAAACUCGGAUAAAAAAAAAAGAAUUCGAUUAAAGGAUUCCGAGAGAUGCGAGACUGACUCUGAAGAUCGGAUGCGAUCGAUGAACGAGUGUGUCCAAAGCGUGUUUAUCAAAAAGCGGCUUCGAAAUACUAGUGAACAGCUCGUCUAACGGACUUCUCGAGAUCGGUAAUUAUAUACGAUCCGACGAUUGAGCGGGACGAUUAAUUGACCCGUCCGAGAUCGUGUAUGUCGAGUACGUAGCGUAAGUUUCUCUGUAUAUAUAUAUAAAAAGAAGAAGAAGAAGAAGAAGAAGAAGAAAGAAGGACCGUUCGAUAAAUAGCGAUUUCGUCGCGACCUCGUUUGUACAGUGAGAAAACGUGAUCGAGAAUUACGGGAAUCGCGGAUCUGGGCAACGUAUGUACAUAAAGGAACUAUUUCGAUUUCCGUCUCGAACGUUUAAAGUAUGAAACUUUCCGUGUUAUCGUUGAUCACGGGAUUAGGUCGGUCGGAGUUUGCCCAGAUCCGAUUGGUCGGCCUCCGGAAUUCACUGUAAUUUCGCGAGGACGAGUUCCCGACAGUUUUCAGCGAGAGGAUUCUUGAUCGAUAUACAGACGGUAUUCUUUUUCUUCCAUCGACGCGUAAUUUGUCUUUUUUUUUUUUUUCUUUUUUUUUUUUUAGGAAGGAUAAAUUGUCAUUAAUAUCAAUCGCGUUCGAUAUGUUUCUGUUUGUUGAAGAGGGAAAGAAUUGUACGGGGUGAACGAGGGACAAAGCGAUGUCGAUUCGUUGUUGCUCACGAUAACUGCUCACACUGUGUUUCCAGGGAACGUGAUUGUUUAAUUCCUGUUUCUUUCUUUUUUUUUUUUUUUUCUUUUUCAGUGGACGUUUUCUCUGAAAAAAUUCUGAAUUGAAUUGUAUCGGCGAACGAUCGAUUCGUCGCCGAUUCUAAAUCGAAACGAUGCAAUCACGCUAAUCCGCGAGAAGGAAUUUACAAAUUUACCUUUAUCGUAGGAAUUACGAAUUCUACCGACGCGAUUUAAGCAUAGGGCUCGUGUUUAGAUAAGAAUACGAGGAUAAUAUAAAUGUACGAUUAAGAGUAUCUGCUAAUAGAUAUCCGUGAACGAGGAAGAAACGUUCCAUUUCUUGUUUCGAAGAAUACAAAUGAAAAUCUCUGAUAAUCGGAUGAUCGUCGAAAUUUUUUUGAGAUGAAUUGAGAUGAAUUUCAAAUCGAGAGUAAAUAAUUCGUUCGAAGUUGAUCGAAUUUUUCUUUUCUCUUUCUUUUUUUUUUCUUUUUUUUUCUUUCUUCGUCUGUCGAUUCGUCAGCCUUCUUCCUUCCAGGAUAGUUUGUCGUGAAGAUAACACGCGCGAUCUUCUAAAGACACAAGACGGUAGUGAAUUUAAUUAGUAGAUUUAUUACGGAUAAAUAAUGUAAACGGAAAACGAUAUCAUAACGAUGUAGAGCGAGUUAAGACGCGAUUUAAUCAUAGGUUUAAAUAGAUUUUUUAUAACGUUGUACCACGUGGCCAAAGAGUCUGGUGCAUAUACGAUGUAAAACAAGAAACUGCCAGAAACUGCCAGAAAUUGCAAUUCACUGUGUUACGUUGCACGGAUUUUACAACACGGAGAGGCGAGAAAGGGAAGGUUCGCGAUAUAAUAUAUUAUUCCUUCUUGUAUAGUUUAUACGGUAAUUUAUGUCGUUGUGAGAGGACAAUAUUUUGAAGUUGAAGCGUGAGGAUAGCGUUAAAGUGCGGUUGUUUAAAGUAAAACAGAAAAAAAAAAAAAAAAAACAGAAAAAAAGAGAUGAUACGUGAAAAAGAAUGAUCUAACGAGAAAUCAAAAGGAUCGAAUAUAGAUACAGAUUCGGAAUGUUAUUCGUGUAUGAUAUUAUUCAGAGAGAUUUAACGUUUUCGGGAGAUUAAACGAAUUGAUCGAUUUAAAUAAUAAUGUUGGAACAAGAAAGGGAGAAUCGUCGUUAUUGAUUAAGAAAAAAAAUUUAAAAAAAGUAAUAAUAAUAAAAAAUCUUUUUCUUCAUCAAUUUUCAAAUAUAUUUAAAUAUACUUUGUUUCGAAUUCUCGUCAUCUUCGAGUCUCGUUCCUUUGAAAUGAUGUUCGGUUAUAAUAACGAUCUAGGUUCGAUGUUACGCAUAAGAGACUCUGAAUGUCAUCAUUUCACGUAAUAUCGAUAAUGAUCUCGCGUUCGAGAUAAAAAAAAAAAAAAAAAAGAAAAAGAAAAAGAUAAAAAACGAUAAAGCUCACUCGAAACACGCGUCAAUCGCUGAUAAUCAAAGAAAAGAAGCAGAAAAAUAUCGAGAGGGGACGUUACACGUUAAUUGUGUCACUAGAUAAUCGAUAUCCGCGACUCGCAUAAUUACGAAAUGUUGCACAAUUUAUAUAGUUAAGCCUAGAUCGCAUUGUACAUAAAGAAUAAAGGGAAAAAAAAAAAAAAAUUCAUAAUCGAUAAUGUACCAUGUUAUAGAGGAACGUCAAGCAUGAAUCAAAGUGGCAGAGAGGUAAAAUGCGGCAAAACGAGUACAGACUUAUUAUACUGUAAAGAUAUUCAUCGACGUGAAUACUGUUUCAAUAAAUGUAAUAUGAUGAUAUAAAA